ACAGUCGGUUCAUUCGGUGUUCAGGGUGGAUUGAUCCCGAUCUUACGCUGUCUGGUGGGGGACAUUUAGUCGUGUUAUUUUGCUCGUCUCGAAACCCGAUCGAUCCGAGUGUGUAGUAUCUUUGUGCAGGUUCUGCGUCGCUUCCAGGCGCAUCACAUCUAAAUACCGCAAGUCAGUGCAUCCGUGUUCGCGUCUGUAAAGCGCCCAGAAGACAAGCACACCAUGUCGUCGUCCGCCGUCACCACCAAAACUUCCAAGUACACCUACCGCUCAACCGGAGGUGGUACCGCCGAUGUUAGCAUCGAGUACAGUGCUGACCUGAGCGCUCUGUCCCGGCUGGAGGACAAAAUUCGUCUCCUGCAGGAGGACUUGGAGUCGGAACGUGGUCUCCGCCAGAGGAUUGAACGCGAGAAGGCUGAUCUCAGCGUACAGGUGAUUCAGCUGUCUGAGCGCCUGGAAGAAGCCGAAGGUGGCGCCGAGGGUCAGCUGGAGAUCAACCGUAAGCGGGAUGCCGAACUAACCAAACUGCGUAAGCUGCUCGAAGACGUCCACCUAGAGUCGGAGGAGACCGCCCACAUCCUGAAGCGCAAGCACCAGGAAAUUGUCAGCGACUUCAACGAGCAGAUCGAGACUUUGACCAAGUCUAGGCAGAGAGUCGAAAAGGAGAAAUCGAAACUGCAGGCCGAAAUCUACGAGCUGCUGUCGCAGGUCGAGAGCGUGUCUAAGGACAAGCAGAUCAGCAUCAAGACGAUCGAGAAGCUCGAGGUUCAGGUGACGGAACUGAACAUCCGCGUGGAGGAGCUGAACCGCACGAUCGUGGACAUCUCGUCCCACAAGACGCGCCUGUCGCAGGAAAACAUCGAUCUGGUCAAGUCCGUGCAAGAUCUGAAGCUGAGCGUCGAAAGCAUCUCGUUCUCGAAAACCCAACUGAAUCUGCAGCUCGAUGAGGCGAGACGCCGCCUGGAGGAAGAUGAUCGCCGUCGCUCCAUGCUUGAGUCCAGCCUGCAUCAGGUGGAGACCGAGCUCGAGUCGAUCCGCCUGCAGCUGGAAGAGGAAUCCGAGGCCCGUCUCGACCUGGAACGUCAGCUGGUGAAGGCCAACGGCGAAGCCGGUACCUUCAAAUCGAAGUACGAAGCCGAAUGCAUGGCUCGUGUGGAAGAGGUAGAAGAGAUCCGUCGCAAGUACACGGUGCGCAUCACCGAGUCGGAGGAGCACAUCGAGUCGCUGCAGGCCCGCCUGAGCAAGCUCGAAAAAGAGAAGAGCCGGUUGACCAGCGAAAUCGAGGUGCUCAUCAUCGACCUCGAGAAGGCGAACAACGGCAUCCGCGAGUAUACGAAGCGCAUCGAGAUCCUCGAGAAGACCAACAUCGAGAUCAAGACGCGUCUGGAGGAGACGAUCGCACUGUACGAUGCGUCGCAGCGUGACCUGCGCCAGCGAACGGCCGAUUUCCAACGUCUGUCGCACGAGCUGGACAAGACCCGUGAGCAGAAGGACCAGCUGGGUCGUGACAACAACAAGCUGCAGAACGAACUGCACGAAUCGCGCAGCACUGUCACCGAGCUGACACGCCGCCUUCACGAGUAUGAAGUCGAACUGCGUCGUCUGGAGAACGAGCGUGAGGAGCUGACUGCCGCCUACAAGGAAGCCGAAGCCGGCCGUAAAGCCGAAGAAAAGCGCGCUCAGUCGCUGGCCGCAGAGUACGGACAGUUCCGUCACGACACCGAGCGUCGUCUGUUGGAGAAGGACGAAGAAAUCGAAUCUAUUCGCAAGCAGACCAGUAUCGAAAUCGAGCAGCUUAAUGCUCGCGUCGUUGAGGCCGAAACGAAGCUGAAGAGCGAGGUGCAGCGCAUCAAGAAAAAGCUGCAAAUCCAGAUCACCGAACUGGAGAUGUCGCUCGAUGUGGCCAACCACACCAACAUCGAGUUGCAGAAGACCAUCAAGAAGCAGUCGUUCCAGCUGACCGAGAUGCAGGCUCACUACGAGGAGAUGCAGCGCCAGCUGCAAUCGACCGUCGAUCAGUACGGAAUCGCUCAGCGCCGCAUUCAGUCCCUUACCGGUGAGCUGGAGGAAAUUCGCAUCAAUUACGACUCGUCGCUGCGUGCCAAGCGUCAGGUGGAGGUUACCCUCGAGGAAGCUACCACUCGCAUCAAUGAGCUGAGCGUGGUCAAUGUCAACUACGCCUCGCUCAAGGCCAAGCUCGAGACCGAACUGCAGACGCUGGCCGCCGACUACGAAGAAGUCACCCGUGAACUGCGUGUUAGCGACGAGCGUUACCAGAAGAUCCAGGUCGAGCUGAAACACACCGUUGAGCUGCUGCACGAAGAACAGGAAAGAAUCGUCAAGAUCGAAGCCAUCAAGAAGUCUCUGGAGGUGGAAGUCAAGCAAUUAUCCGUUCGCCUGGAAGAAGUCGAGGUUAACGCCGUGGCCGGCAGCAGACGUAUCAUCAACAAGCUCGAGGCCCGCCUGCGCGACAUCGAGGUCGAACUGGACGAAGAAAGGCGAAAGCACUCCGAAACGAUCAAGAUCCUGCGCAAGAAGGAACGCUCCGUCAAGGAGGUGUACAUUCAGAUCGAAGAAGACCAGAAGAACAUCCAGAUUCUGCAGGACGCUCUGGAGAAGGCCAACCAGAAGAUCGCUGCCUACAAGCGUCAGCUAACCGAACAGGAACAAAGCUCACAGCAGUGCGUCACCAAGGUUCGCCGUUUCCAGCGAGAGCUCGAGGCCGCCGAAGACCGUGCCGACGUGGCUGAAAGCAACCUGAGUCUGGUCCGCGCCAAGCACCGUACGUUCGUCACCACCUCGUCGGUGCCGGGAUCGCAGGUCUACCUGGUCCAAGAAACCACCCGGACCAUCAACGAAACUUCCUCCUAAAGAUAACGACGUCCUUUGCCUCCAGAGUGCCGUACGGUUGGCCGGGCCAAGUUCGCCAAGCGCCUUCUCCCGCACCUAAUGCGAUUCUGAAAGAAUGCCGGGAGACUGAACGUUGGAACUCGCAGCCUUAAUCAGCCUCCAACCGUCCGGUUAACAGGGAUCCUCACUCUGGACACAGCACGCUGCCAAUUGGUUCAUUUCAUUGUUUUAUCCCGGUUUCAUUCAGUUACGUCCGUAUGUGUACGUGUUGUGUUUUGCCGAUUUUGAAUGUACUUCCCGGUUCCCUUAGCCCGUACCGCCGUUAUCGCUCCUCUUUAUGUUUCCCAACCCACCAUUUUUCGUUGUGUAUAGUUGUGUUUAAUAAUCGCGUCCUCCCAGAAACGUCUUCUAAUUUCACUUCACUCUGUUCACGAUGGAAGAACGCGCUAGAUAGAAGAACGGCAUGAGAUUGAGAACUAUUCAAGCAUUAUUGAAUCAACAAAUUAAAUACAUGAAGAAAAAAAUCACGUACAUUGUGAACAACAUCUGUAAACAACAUUAAGAAAAUAUCUCUUUACGCUAGAUGAUAAAUCUUAACGAUCGCGUGUUUGUUUGUAACGCCUGAGCUCAGUUGGAGUGUGUGCUGUACGACGUUGCUGCUCUGAAGAAAUGUGGAUACUCUACCCUUACACCGUGGGACAACACCAACUAUCGAGCCUUGCUGGUUGAAGAGACAAUCGCAAACAACCCAAGAAACAAUCUUUAAAAAACAGCAAAACCAAAGGAAAAGAAGAGCUAAAGCAUUACAGCACAAAAAAACGCUUGUAAAGGAAAGAAUAAAGUUUACUAUUAAAAACCAUCUUACCAGAAUAACAAUAUCACGAGCUGGAUCAAAGUCACAAUGCAGGUACACGACUACUAAGCGACAUUUUUAAAAGUAGCAAACUGGAACAUCGAUGCGCAAUAACAUUGCGCUCAAAAGGUCUGAUCGGAUCUGAUUUUUAUCGCUAUAUUGUAUGAUAAAGUUUUAUUAUCAAUAAAUAUUUAUUAACAUACAUAUAGACAGUCA